AUGGGCAAACUCUACACGAUCGGAGUGGCAUGCUUUGCUGCCACAGGUAGUUUCUUAUUCGGUUAUGACUCUGGUGUCAUGACCGAUGUCAUUGCGUCGCCCAACUUCCUCAACUUCUUCAACACGACAAAAACAUCCUCAAUCAUCGGAGCGAUCAACAGCACCUUUUCCGGUGGAGCCGCUAUCGGAGCCCUGACGGCCGGUCUGACAAUCGAUCGUUUUGGAAGAAAAGCGACCAUCCAGCUCGGCGCCUUGCUGGCCACCAUAGGCGCUAUCCUGCAAUGCGCUGCCAUGCAAUUGGCCAUGAUCCUGGUGGGUCGCAUCGUGGCCGGCUGGGCCGUUGGCACCCUCAGCAUGUCUGUUCCUGUUUACCAGGCUGAGUGUGCGCAUCCCAAAACGCGAGGCCUGAUUGUUGGUCUGGCACAGCAGAUGAUUGGCGUGGGUUUUAUUGUUAGCACAUGGAUCGGCUAUGGAUCUCUCCACGCCCCGGAUAGUAAUAGCGUCCAGUGGAGAUUUCCGCUGGCAUUCCAAGGACUCCCUUCGAUCAUGCUCUUCAUUGGAUUGUUUUGGCUGCCAGAAUCUCCGCGUCAUUUGAUCGAAAAGAAACGAGAUGAGGAAGCCCUUCGUGUGUUGAAGAGACUUCAUUACGACGGCACCAACGAAGACUGGAUCCAGUCCGAGUUUACGGAAAUCAAAGCUACUAUCGAUGCAGAGAGAGAAAUCACCGCGACCGGAUGGCUGGUCAUGUUCCAGGUGCCGCAAUGGCGGACACGACUGAUCCAAGGUACCUUAGUUCAAACCUUCACUCAAAUGACCGGUAUCAAUGUCAUCAACUACUACCAGAACAUCAUGUACGAGAACCUAGGAAUCACCGGCAACCGCGCCACGCUCGUAACAGGAAUCUACAACGUCGUCGGCCCCCUCGCCAAUCUAAUCUUCAUCACCUUCUUCCUCGACCGCGUCGGCCGUAAAAAGCCCCUCCUCUUCGGCGCCGCCGCCAUCACCGUCGCCCUCGUCUGCGAAGCAGCCCUCAACUCGCAGAACCUCGACGGCACCCGAACAGGCUACAGCAUCGGCGGCGUCUUCUUCCUUUUCUGUGUCACCUGUAUUUUCUCGGCCUCGUUCGGCUCGAUUAGUUGGGUCUACAUGUCGGAGGUCAUGCCCAUGCAGAUUCGUGGUAAGGGGAAUGCCUUUGCCACGGGUAUUGGUAAUUGGGUCGUUAGUACGAUCUGGAGUCAGGUGUCUCCGAUCGCGCUGGAUCGGAUGGGUUGGAAGUUUUAUUUUAUUUUUGCGGCUUUUAACGUCGUCAUCACCAUCCCAACCAUCUUCUUCUGGUUCAAAGAAACCAAGCAAAAGUCCCUCGAGGAAAUCGAUCUCCUCUUCGGCGGUAGAGCCCUCGGCAUGCUCAGCAACGAUCUCAACGAGAAAGGACUAGAAGUCGAAGCCCAUAACUCGGCCGUGGAGCAGGUGGAGCAUGCCCCUGAGGAUAAGAAAUAG